AUGGCUUUGCGUUUGAUCCUCCUCCUGCAACUUGCAGUACUGGUAUGGGAGUUAGAAGUUGCCGCUGAACUAGCUCUGCCGGGCUGUGCCAGCCACUGCGGCAAUAUCAGCAUCCCAUAUCCAUUUGGGACUACCCCAGAAUGCUACCUAAACCAAGAUUUCUUCAUCAAUUGCAACUCCACCCAUCAAGCUCUUCUGACGGACAGUAACAUAGAUGUUCUAUCGAUUUCAGUUUCGGGUCAAUUGCGAGUUCUUUCGUAUGUGGCUCGAGACUGUUACAACAAAUCCGGGCAAAGAGUCGCCAACAACGAUCCAUGGAUGACACUGGCGAAGUUCCCCAUCUCCCAUACUCGGAACAAGUUCAUGACAGUGGGCUGCGACACCUACGCUUUCAUUAAAGGCUCAAGUGGGAAAAGAUACAAGACUGGCUGCUUAUCACUGUGUGAGAGCAAAGAUAGUGUUAUCAACGGGUCUUGCUCGGGGAUCGGCUGUUGCCAGACCACAAUCCCUGUAAAUGCAACAAGCAUUGAUAUCAGUGUGGGCAGCUACGACAGCUACACAGGUGUGUGGGAAUUUAAUCCAUGCGGCUUCGCUUUUGUGGCUGAAGAUGGCUAUUUCAACUUCUCUUCCGCAGACCUCCUUGAUUUACAGAACAAAACCCAGGUUCCUACAGUGCUUGAUUGGAGUAUAGGAGAUGAGAAAUGCGGCCAAGCAAAGGAGAAUGGAACAAGUUACGCCUGCAAGGACAAUAGCUACUGUUAUGACCCAGACAAUGGUCCUGGGUAUAGGUGCAAUUGCUCAGAGGGAUAUGAAGGAAACCCCUAUCUCUUAAAUGGUUGCAAGGAUAUCGAUGAGUGUGAGGUUGAUAACCCCUGCAAUGUAACACAUACAUGCCGGAAUUUACAAGGGAGUUUUAGUUGUUUUUGCCCGGCUGGGUACGAAGGUGAUGGAUUUAAAAUUGGCACAGGCUGCAGUCUCAUGCCUAGCUCAGAGUCGAAGUUUCCUUUGGUUAAUGUUGCCUUAGGUAUCAGCAUAAGUCUUUUAGUUUUACUUUUGGUGAGUUCUUGGUUGUAUUGGGGAUUUAGGCAACGAAAGCUUAUCAAAUUGAAAGAGAAAUUCUUUGAGCAAAAUGGUGGUAUCAUGCUACAACAACUACUCUCUAAGCACGAAGGAUUUGCUGAAGCAACUAAAAUAUUUACUACAGAAGACCUUAAGAAAGCAACAAACAACUAUGAUGAAAGAAGAGUUUUAGGUCGUGGAGGUCAAGGAACAGUUUAUAAAGGAAUAUUGGCAGAUAAUAGAGUUGUUGCAGUUAAAAAGUCCAAAAUAAUGGACCAAAGCCAAGUUGAGCAGUUCAUUAAUGAAGUGAUUAUCCUCUCCCAAGUCAAUCAUAGAAAUGUGGUAAAGCUAUUAGGAUGUUGUUUAGAGACGGAAGUUCCUUUAUUAGUCUAUGAAUUUGUGAUUAAUGGAACCCUUUAUGAUCAUCUACACAACCAAGAUCAGACAUACUCUAUUUCAUGGGAAACUCGCUUACGAAUAGCAACUGAAACGGCUGGAGCCCUUUGGUAUUUACACUCUGCUGCUUCAACUCCGAUUAUCCAUAGAGAUGUGAAGUCUACUAACAUCCUUUUAGACAACAAUUAUACUGCCAAGGUAUCCGAUUUUGGAGCUUCAAGAUUGAUACCUCUAGAUCAAGCUCAAUUGACGACACUGGUACAAGGGACUCUUGGAUACUUAGAUCCUGAGUACUUUCACUCGAGUCAAUUAACCGAAAAGAGUGAUGUUUAUAGUUUUGGGGUUGUUCUUGUGGAAUUACUAACAGGUAAAAAGGCACUUUCCUUUGAUAGACUUGAAGAAGAGAGAAAUUUAGCAAUGUUCUUUGUUUCUUCAAUGAAAGACGAUCGCUUGUUUGAAAUUCUUGAUGAUAGAGUUUUGAAUGAGGGAAACACUAAUCAUCUGAAGGAAGUUGCUAUCUUAGCAAAGAGGUGUUUGAUGGUAAAAGGAGAGGAAAGGCCUACUAUGAAGGAAGUUGCGAUGGAACUAGAGGGAUUUAGAAUAUUAGAAACACAUCCUUGGGUGAACAAUAAUUCAAAUCCAGAAGAAACUGAAUACUUGAUUGGUCAACCACAAGAUGCUUAUAAAGGUGAUAACAGUAGCAACAUAAUAGGAUAUGAUAGCAUAAGAGAUCAAGUCAUGGUGGACUUUAAUGGUGGGCGGUGAUGGUUUAAUUUGCGUACACAUGUGUAAUUAUUUUGU